CAGCCAAUCAGCUUUUACCCUGGAAGCAGUUUAUACUUUAGGUUGGACUUCUACAUGUAGUUCAUGUGUUUUAAGUUUCAUCUAAUCUGUUUUUUUCCCACUGAAUUAUUUCCACAUUGCAACAGCAGGCACUUGAUGAUGAAGUGAACAAAUGGCCGACAUCAUAAAUCCGGAGAAUGAAGGAGAUCUUCAGUCUCAAAUUGAAGAGGUCGAAGCUCUGUCUGCCAUAUAUGGUGAUGAAUGGUGUGUUAUAGAUGAAGCGUCCAGAAUAUUUUGCAUCAAAAUAUCCAACGACUUAGAGGAGCCAAAACUGACUGCAUGUCUACAGAUAAUUCUCCCGCCUGAUUAUCCGAGCACAUCCCCGCCUAUCUACCAGAUCAAUGCGACGUGGCUGCGAGGCCCUGAGAGGGCCAAAUUGGCAAACAGCCUGGAAGACCUCUAUGUGGAGCAUGUGGGGGAGAGCAUCCUCUAUCUGUGGGUGGAGAAGAUUAGAGAAUUCCUGGUGGAGAAAUCCCAGAGCUCAGAAACAGUGGAUCAACCAGAAAAGGUGAACAUGACAGCUGAGGAGGAAGAGGAUGAUGAUGAUGAAGACAUACCAGACUUCAGGACUCUCAAGCUGAACACAGAAAAUGUACAUCUCUUCAUGGAUCAUGCAAACGAUGAAGAGGUGCCUCCAAUAAAACAUGGAAAUCCCAUCACAGACCGACGCAGCACCUUCCAGCCUCACUUAGCACCUGUGGUGACUCCCAGACAGGUUAAAGUGGUCCUGGAGAAGCUGUAUGAAAACAAGAAGAUUGCGAGUGCUACUCAUAAUAUUUUUGCAUACAGGAUUUACUGCGAGGACAAGCACAGCUUCUUGCAGGACUGCGAGGAUGACGGCGAGACAGCUGCAGGGGGGAGAUUGCUCCACUUAUUGCAGAUUCUGGAUGUGCGUAAUGUCAUGGUGGUCGUGUCUCGAUGGUAUGGAGGCAUUUUGUUGGGUCCUGACCGCUUCAAACACAUCAACAAUUGUGCGAGGAACAUCCUGGUGGAGGAGGGAUACGCUGCCUCCUCGGAUGAGGCCACCAGAUCUGGAGCGAAGACCAAAAGGCCAAAAAGCAAAAAGACAAAAUGAAUUUAAAAGAAAAAAAAAAAGACUUUUAUUCAAACACAGUUGAACAGUUUUUGCUGCUAAAUUUUGUUUUAAUUGAUUCAGAUGUGUCUGGAUGGAGACAAAUAGUGAUUUGUUGCAAUUACAAAUAAUUCAAUUCAAUUAUUCAAAACAACUAAGGUAUUAAAAUGUCUCCUAGGAAUUUUCAUUUGUAAUUUCAGAUGGUUGCUUUAACUCUGGAAUUUCUAUUGUACCAUUUGGACAGGGAAGCCUUGAAAUCAAAUGUUUACUGUAGAACGGAAUGUGAUGUUUCUUUAUGUAUUUCUUUACAUAAAACAAUAUAAUCAUCA